AUGGACAAUAGAAAAAGAGCACACAGGCCCCCGACAAGAUGAUUCUCGGGUCGACGCCGCCGUUCGUCGCACCUACUGUGCAGACGCGGAACUACAGUCCCGAAAACAGCGUGUACAAGCGGCUUUUCGCCCAGCAAGACAAGCAAGCAUCUUCGAGCGUACGCUCGUCACCUGGCGGAGGCAUGCAAUACGCGUCGACCUACCCGAACGGGUCGAUGUCCGUGCCGAUUCGAACCCCGCUGUCCGCACGGACGAACGCCAGCUCAACAGCCUACCCGUCGGUGUUUUCCGCGCGGGUGCCCAUGAGCCACGUGCCCACGCCGACGAGGAUACUAGGAAUACCGGGUGUAGCAACUACGGGCUGUACAGCAAGCGCAGCAUCUACCUCUGGCACCGCCGCUGCGCGCGCAAGCCUUUACACCACCGGUUUUGCAGAUCGUGGGAUGGUGCAACCUCCACCAGGGCUUUUCCGUUUCAACGGCGGUGGGGUAGCGACCAUCGGCGCGAGCCCGGUUGCGUCCCCGAGUGGUUACAUGCUGCACCAAGGCGUUCCCUCCUCGGCAGCGCGCAGCAGCUGUGCCAGCAGUCAGAUUGGCGCAUCGCCGCUGCCGGGAGUUGGUGCACAAAACUAUCAGCACGCAAGUUCAGCGUGCACGUCGAGCCCGGUGCACCCGAUGGUGCCUCUCGUUGGCAGUACUACCAGUGUGGUGUCUUCGCAACACCAGUUCCUACAACCGAGAGGUGGUAGUACGGCAGUCGCGGAGCAGGAACCCACCGGCUCAAGGCCGGAGCAGAUUCGGUGGACGUCGUCAAGCUUUGGUGCAAACCAGGUAUUUGAGGAACAACAUCCAGUGCCGCAAGCUUUACUACAGCAAUUCGAGCAGCCUUGCUCGAGUGAAGUCGUCCGCGCCACGAAAAGUGCGGGAAACACGCCCCGAGUCAUCAACACAACGCAAUCUGCGAACAGCCCUGUUGUUCCCUUGCUCGCGGCCAACCGCACAGCAGCUUCACCACCGGAGGAAGUAGAAGUACGAAAGCACACGGCUACACCGUUGCAGGACACCGCGCCGGCGCUGCGAAGAUCACAGGGCACACUGCAUUUGCACCCAUCCGCCUCACAGCCGUCGGUGUCCGUUGCCGCGGACCAUUCGCACUCUGAAGAGGUCAGCUUCCGCGACUACCAGAGCUUUCGCGAAAAAGGUUCCGCGUCGUUGAAGAAUCAGCGGAAAAGGGAAAUGAGGAUUGUAUCACUGCACGGACUUUUGCUGGGUAACGACGACGACGAAGAGGAAGACGAGAUCGUGCCAGGGUUUUCGACGUCGGCUCCCUCUGGAUUUUUCUCGUCCGCCGGUGCAGCAGCAGCGCUACCGCCGUCUACACCGGUCACGGCAACAUCCGCAGCAUCUUCCGCGCAAAAGCGACGGGGCAGUGUAGGCCGCGGAAGCAAACGGGUUUCCUUCAGCGAAACCAAAGUGGAGUGCGAACUAGACCUAGAACCGCAGUACAGUUUGACAACUUCGGCGCAGAAGGAAGCGAAGGCAUCGAACCCGUACCCGCUGAAGCGCGCACUGGUCGAGCAGGAGGCCGCAGCGAGCGCGACAGACUCACGGCUGUCCACGCCCCGGGAAACCCGAAAGCCGGCGUUGCCGCCGGUCUUCCGGCGAGCAGGCGGACAAGGGUCAAGCUCCUCCGCGUCGUCCUCCUCUUCGCGUGAAGAUCUGCACAGUAGUCGCGAGAGCGCGUUCGGCAAGCCACGGAAGGCGGCUGUGCCGAAGACUCGGCGGGCAGCAGGGACGAUUUUUCGGCCAAAUACCACAGAGGCUUCACUGGAGGAGCAGGAGACGGGGUCUUUUCGGGAGGAAGACGUGUUGCUAGCUACGCAUUCCGGGGGAGGAGGCACAAGUGGACAAGACGAAACGCCAGCCGCUGCGGCGAGCUUUGAAGAGCCGCGGGGAGGUGCUGGGGAUAAACAAUUUCAAUCAGAAUCUGGACGAUCGGCUGACGAAACACCGCAGUCAAACCAGGCGGCGGUUCCAAUCGCAGCAGGGCCAGCACAUCCGAAACUGCAGAGCCGGAAUGUUGCCCUGCCCGCAGAAGUGGAACACGAUUUGGCGCACCAACCGAGCAGCGAUGUUUUCAAGGUAGAGCCGCUUGUGCAAACGAAUCAGUUCUCCCACUUAUUCCCGUCCUCAAGCAAAGUCGAAGAUCUUCGUAGCGUACCCCCAGUUUCGCUCCGGAGUCCGAAGAAACGGGCGCUAGCUUCUGGCUCCGCGUCCGCGUCUUCGUCCUCAUUGUCAGCUACGGCGCCAGAUAGCGGUGUGUCGGUAAUGGAGGCUGCAGCUCCUGCCGACUCCAUCGCUGAUCAUCAGGCCGCUGUCCAGCAAAAAGGCACUGCCGCGGUUGCGCGACCAAUGGCUGUCCCGCCAGCGACUGUUCCCAUAAGAAGGCCAGUGGAAGGUGGGGCGCACGAGGAAGCUGGUGUCUUCGCGCAGGAGGUGCCACUGCGCGGACCUCUAGGUUCGACGGCGAUCGACGAGCAAAGACAGCUGGACGCGGCUUCCAACGAUGUUGAGAUCAGUAGUAGCCGGGUAGACGAUGUUGAGUCUGUGCGUUCGACUCCCGCGUUAUCGCAGUAUUCGCCACUGAAGCCACCUGUUUUGGAGAAGCAGGGACGAAGCACGCGGUAAGUUUUUUUGCUGCGAAACAAUGCUUGAUGCAAAGAAAAGAAAGCGAUUAGCACCCACGAGAUCGCAAUGCCAAAUCUGUAUUUGUUUGGGAGUGGAUGAAAUGUUAGGCAGAGUUGUCUCAAAAAACAGGAACGAGAAGCGCAUCGCCCUUCAAGGAGCUGUGGUUGAAGAAGCAGAAGAAUCCUUUCAAGAGGUAGCAAUCCAAAAGCCUCCGGACAACGAUCGGAUUCUUUCCGAGGGGCUUAACAUUGAUCGCCUACUGCGUUCAGUGCGGCCUGGAUCGCGAGCCGAAACGCCACGACUGCGGAGCACUUCAGGGGACCACCUGGACGAGUUGAGCAGCAGUUUUCUUCGUAGGGGCACCGGAAGCGGUGCGGGAGGGAGCAUUAAGGUAUUCAUUAAGGUCGCAUGCCAAGCGUUCCGCGUUCACCGAGAGUGCAGGGAGUGUCUUUUGCACGAGGAGUUUGGUUGAAAUUCUCGUGAAAUACAAAGCGAAAUCAGUGUGAAAACAACUCAGCUCUCGACCCCGAUAUCGUCAUUCGGUGCGCCGUCGUUCCAGCCUCCUAACCGAAUGGCCAAAGCAGCAAAGAAGCCGCAGAAGAUCAUCCCGACGGUGUCCAAGGAAAUUCUACACGAAGUCAAAUCCUACGCGCACCCGAACGGCACCGCCCAGAAAGUCUGCGCGCUUUUCGCAGCGGUUGCACUUGGCAAGCCCGAGUUCCUCGCGCCGGGCACAAGCUGGAUCCAGAUCCGGCGUUGCUUCAGCAACGUCGGCGACGUCCACGCCCGGGCACAUGCCACGGACAUGGUGGUGGAGCCCGAGGUGGGAAAGAAGGCACGGUGGUUUUUGAAGAAGCACCAAUUGUCGAGUGUGCAAACCCUGCAGGAGUUACCCCCAGCACUGUUGCGUCUCCUCGACUACGCCCGGGCGCACGUGGACAAGACGGAUCCGAUUUGUCCUCUACCUCCACCAGAGGACGGAGAGGAUCAUGUGACUGAGGUACUUCUUCAGCGAUGUGCGUAGCUCGGUUGCUUCUGUUUUCAGUAUAGAUCUUCAGCAAUAUGCAGGAUUAGCUUUAGCGUGUGGACUUGUUGAAGCGACUUUUCUUGUUUCACCAUAAACAGAUCGGCAACCCUCGUCUUCUUGGCGACCAUACUUUCGAUCGCAUUCUCGCUGGUGUGAUCCUGCAGCGAAAAAAGCAAGAGCUAGCGAAGAGCAAGGAGUCACCAACUUCCGACAUCUCCAGUUCUAUGCAGCCCUCACCUGCACAACUACUAGCCGCUGUCGAAAAGAAAGUUGCGCCGAUAGCACCACCGAUCUCCAGCAGAAAACAGAGACCCAUGGCGGAAAUAAAGAUGUCGCCAAAGGCAAGCUCGAAGACCACGCAGCCAAAUGCAAGUGGCGACGAUAUUAAUCUUGAGAAGUACACGACAGAAAAGAUUCAACAAGGACCACCGGCAACGUUAUACUCGAAAGAGACCGAAGCGCCAGCGGUGUCUUCCUCUUCCAACGAGGAGCAGGAAUCCGAGGACCACCAGGAAGCAGACGAGUUGGAGAUCAUGCCCGACAUCUUCAAGCCCGGCUACGAUCGCAGCCAGGUUCAGGACUUGGUCAUUGCCAAGCCCUCCGUCGGUUCGGUGCUGUUCGAGGGGAAAACCGAUUUGAGCAACAUCCCAGACCGAAAAACGCUGGCUUCGAAACUGCAGCUGCUACCAGGGGAAAUCGUAGUUUAUCCGGCUUGUGCAGCAGGUAGAAACCUACAAACAUUCUUUAUCGCUUUUGCGAUGAUAGAUUCAUUCAGUUUAGAACGCUCGGUUUGUUUUGACUGAAUCGCAAAAAUGUCAAUCGGAAGCCGAACAAUGCCAUAAUUACCUUAUCAGAUGAAAAACCGGAAAUUGGGACGGAGUUGAACAAGCCCGCUUACGUCACUUUGCUGAACUGCCGCCCACCUGGCACCGAGGAGGUCACGCCGCAGAUUGCGCGUCGCUACGAGUCCAAGGUCCGCCGAAUGACGGAAGUCAAGGGCGCGCAGUUUCUCUCUUACGACGCAAAGAAGGGGAUCUGGUGCUUCCGUGUAGAGCACUUUUAAUCUGGUUUUGCUUGCAGAUCCAGAUUUUACUACCUCAACAAAUAAAGAACCACCACUACGACCUGUACCUCUCAUUCGAGAUUUUUCGAAGGACACAACCAUCUAAAGUAGUUCGAAAAGCGAAAUUAAUGCAGAAUGAUGUUACCAAUACGAGAUGUUUCACUUGCACAGAAUCUACAACUAAAUUACAACACAGUCCGGUUUUUUCUACAGUAUCAGUACGCACCUGUUUUUUCCCAAAUGGGAACAGACCAGUUUCACGCCAAUACGCAAUGGAAUCAUGACGAGCAUCGCACAAGUGAAAAUUAAGCGGAUCAAUGCACUCUGCGCAGUAAGAUUAAGAAUCGUAUCUUGGCAUUGCAGUUGACGAAUAAUCACAUAACAUGCACAGCUUGCUUCGUGCGAGCCAUUCAUAAAAUGGGUUUCCCCGAUCUGACUCUGUGACAACCAAAAUGGCUCAAAUUGAACCACAACGGUCGAUCCCACGAUUGUCUUUCCGAGAUCCAAAAAUUUUUCUUUGCUGUGCCUCUACCUUCGCGGCUUAAGCUUGACUCAUCAUCAUGGGUGAAAAAAUACUAUCUACAGCCUUAGACGUACAUUUUUUUUGUGUAGUAAGUUUGUUUACACACGACACCGGC